AUGGUCAACAAAAAGCAGCAAACUGAGAGCGACCUCGCGGACCGCAAUGCUUUUUGGGAAGUACUUCGAAGCAAGGAGUGCAAUGAUGCCCGACUCACGCAUCGACUAGAGUCCUCUUUGUCCGACCAUAAGCGGAGAUGUGUUAGACAGAUUGCAAAACACCAAGUCUUCUACCGUGCCUUUGUGAAUCUAUCUGGGAUUCCGGGCAUUCGAGCAGGUCUAGUUAUCGGCAACCUUCACAGGCUUAUCACUCUCAAAUGUGACGAGGAAGUCGUGAAUUAUCUCCAACACAUUUACGACACAUGGUUACGUCUUGCCGGGGGUGUCGUGUCCAAUCUAGGAAAGAUUGAUUCGUUUACUGUCCAAUCUCUAGAGCACCGGUGCCCCAGGUUCUCAGCACAGGAUGAAAGAGCGCUCCAGAACAUUGUUUUGGACGGCCUUGCCUUUAGGUGCUUCAAUCGAUCGGAACGACUUGCCAUCUGGGAAACCCUUUGCUCCUUCGACUUUACCAUUCCAUCGCUGUCUACAUUUUGCAGCGAUUUCAAGUACCUAGAGCUGUGUGCAAAACCGAUGAAGCGCUUGAUUUCCAUACCAUAUGAGGGUCAUACUGUACAGACCGCGUUUUCAAUGGCUUUCCAACAACCGGCAAAAGAACAAACCCAAUACCCAAUCGAGAACUCCGACAUGAACUUUUCCUACCGGCCUCUUGAAUCGAGAGCCUGUUUCCAGCUUGGAUUGCGGCAAUUGUGGCUUUUUGCGAUGAGAACUUUCCGAAAUCUGGAGAGUAACCCAACUUUUCUUCCCAAGUUCGCGAGUCUGGCAUCAACUUUGGGAUUUGACACGAGCAAGAUCCGUUCUCUAAAGUCUAUGUCUCCAGAUUUGGAGAUAGCACGGCAGGCAUUGUUGUUGGCUCGGCCACCACAAGACUACGAUUACGACGUUGUUGACUUGCAACCCGUAGUUAAAAAGAUUGCCAGCGAAUUUCCUGAUUUACAUCGCGUCGGUUCCGCUCAAAAAUCAUUUGAGUUUUUCACCGACGAUUACAAUCUGGGACAGAACUUCCGGCCAUGGUUGAAUCAGAUGUCGUAUGCGGACGCCACUGCAUGGCUGUUUAUCGACGUCAUCGAUAAGCUACCGGACACGAGGGGCGAAAGAAUUACCGACCUGUUUAUUCUCAGGUCUAUAUAUUUAGCCUUCUUUUGUUUUUCUCGUCGAAACGAUCAGCAGCUACAACUUACUUCGUCUGGGAGCACCGUGAGCGAUAGCCAGUCCUAUUCAUUGGAAUACACCGCACCACAGAGAUUGGAUCUUCAAGAAAGCUGUGAAGAAAUCCCGACUAGGCGAGAGAGAACUGCAGAUGCAGAAAAGUCAUCAGCGCGUAAAGUCACCCUGGUAUUCAUCUCAAAGGAGAUGAGGAGAGAAGAGUAUGUAUUUCUUGAUACUAACAACCCAAACGAACCCUUUCGUUUUCAACUGCUUCUACAGGAGAUCAUGGCGAACCAGAAAGUCCUGCCUGUUUCCGUAGGGAAGCAACCCUUAUUAGUCACGGACUGUUAUAAUGAGGUGGUGGAGAGAGGCCAAGAUCGCAUUCUGUUGGUAAAAUUAGGCCAGACAGAUACGGACCGUAUGAUUUAGCUGUUUUGUGCCAUGUGUCGCGGGAUCGCGUGCCAGGGUGGUGCCAAGAGUAUCGCGAGUCAUGGCUUAGCCAUGACCCUUUCUCUUGCGGCAACGCACAGCGCGAUCUCUCUUUCCUCUUCUUCGUGUUACGUCUUGUAUCUAAACCUGACCCUACGGGUCAUCAUAAU